AUGACUCAGCGCUUCCUCGUCGCUGCGGGCAAGGGGCGGGCCGAGGACAGUGGCUCGGCUCCGGCCCGGCCCGGCGGGGCUCCUCCCGGUGCUGCCACCCCCGUCCCCGCCCCCUCCUCCGCGGGGCCCUCCCCGCAGCGGCCGCGGCGGCGACUACAACCCCAGGAGCAGCAGCGGUCACAACGUAGCCUCUCGCCUCCGCCGCCGCCGCCGCUCCUGCAGCAUCAGCCGAGGCAGCCGCCGCGCGCUCCCCCCCCACGCUCCCGACGCCGCCGCCCGUCCCGCCCCCCGGCGCCCCAGCGCCCCCCGCGCACGCGAAGCCUCCCAGAAGCCGCCGCCGCACGAGCCGCCCGCCCCUCGCACCCGGCAGCCAUGGAUCCCGCGGUUCACACCCUCUACACCCAGAAGCGGGGCUACGACUUGACGCGGAACCCCCACCUCAACAAGGGUAUGGCUUUCACUUUGGAAGAGAGACAACAGUUGAAUAUACAUGGAUUACUGCCACCUUGUUUUCUUGGUCAAGACAUCCAGGUCUUGCGAGUUGUUAAGAAUUUUGAACGGCUUAACUCAGAUUUUGACAGAUACCUUCUUUUAAUGGGUCUUCAGGAUGAAAAUGAAAAGCUUUUCUAUAGAGUGCUGACUUCUGAUGUUGAGAGAUUCAUGCCUAUUGUUUAUACUCCCACGGUGGGACUGGCUUGCCAGCAAUAUGGCCUAGCAUUUCGGAGGCCAAGAGGUCUCUUUAUCAGUAUCCAUGACCGAGGUCACAUUGCUACAUUGCUUAAGUCAUGGCCUGAAGAUGUUGUCAAGGCUGUUGUGGUGACUGAUGGAGAAAGGAUCCUUGGCUUGGGUGAUCUUGGCUGCAAUGGAAUGGGCAUUCCUGUUGGCAAACUGGCAUUGUAUACCGUCUGUGGAGGGAUGAAUCCUCGAGAGUGUCUGCCUGUCACCCUCGAUGUGGGAACUGAGAAUAAGGAGUUACUAAAAGAUCCUUUAUAUAUUGGAUUGAGGCAGAAAAGAGUGAGAGGACCUGAAUAUGAUGACUUUUUGGAUGAAUUCAUGGAGGCAGUUACUUCCAGGUAUGGAAUGAAUUGUCUUAUUCAGUUUGAGGAUUUUGCCAAUGCAAAUGCAUUCCGUCUUUUAGAGAAGUACCGGAACAAAUAUUGCACAUUCAAUGACGACAUUCAAGGAACAGCAUCUGUUGCAGUUGCGGGUCUCCUUGCAGCUCUGCGAAUUACUCAGAACAAGCUGUCUGAUCACACAAUUCUAUUCCAAGGAGCUGGAGAGGCUGCCUUAGGGAUCGCAAACCUUAUUAUUAUGGCCAUGGAAAAAGAAGGGAUAUCCAAGGAGAAAGCCAUUAAAAGGAUAUGGUUGGUUGACUCAAAAGGAUUAAUAGUUAAGGGACGUGCCUCUUUAACACAUGAAAAAGAAAAAUUUGUCCAUGAACAUCGUGAAAUGGAUAAGCUUGAAGAGAUUGUCCGAGAAAUAAAGCCAACUGCCCUCAUAGGAGUUGCUGCAGUUGGUGGUGCUUUCACAGAACGGAUUCUCAAGGAUAUGGCUUCCUUCAAUAAGAGACCCAUCAUUUUUGCUCUAAGUAACCCAACGAGCAAAGCAGAGUGUUCUGCAGAGCAGUGCUACCGAAUGACAGAGGGACGUGGCAUUUUUGCCAGUGGCAGUCCAUUUGAUCCUGUCACUCUUCCAGAUGGUCGGACCUUCUAUCCUGGCCAAGGCAACAAUUCCUAUGUAUUUCCUGGAGUAGCACUUGGUGUUGUAGCAUGUGGAUUGAAGCACAUCAUUGAUAAAAUCUUUCUCACUACUGCUGAGGUUAUAGCUCAGGAAGUGUCACCUCAACACUUGAAAGAGGGUCGUCUAUAUCCUCCUUUGAAUACCAUUCGAGAUGUUUCCUUCAAAAUUGCAGUGAAGAUUGUGGAAGAAUCAUAUCUUGAUAAUUCAGCUACUGUCUACCCUGAGCCCCAAGAUAAGGAAGCAUUCGUCCGUUCUAUGGUUUACAGCACUGAUUAUGACCAGAUUCUCCCUGACUGUUACCCUUGGCCUAAGGAGUCAAUGAAAAUCCAAAAUAUUCAUCAGUUCUAGAAACACAGUAAAGCAGCAAAUAUUUGUGGCUCUGUUGGUGGCAUUUUGAAGUUUUUUCCUUUGUCCAAGAUGAACACUUUUUGUAAUGAUUGAAAAAGCUCUCAAAUUAAGAUAAUUUUUAUAUAUUAACUUUAUAGUUUAACUAUCUCUUGAUUGAUUGACAGUCAUUAAUCCAGGUUAGAAUAAACAGCCCUUUGGAUCAUAGUCCAGUAUUUGCAUUCUGUUUGUUCAUAUUUUCAACACGAAUCUUUCUGCCCCAAGUUCUUUUUAAAGGUUGUACCUACUGAAAAUCUCAUUAUUUUUACAUAGUACACUGAAUAUUAACAUUAAAACUAGCAAUAAAUCAAUACAAGCAACUUUAAGAUAUGUGAUCCUUUUGUUAACCAUUUUGUUAAGCUGUACUUUUAUAAGAAUAAUAAGUUUUGGGAACAGAGCCUUUAUACUUACAACAGAAACUACAAUGUCAAUAUCUUUGCAGUUUCUAAAGAAAGUGACUUCUCAGGUUUUCAUCAGUAGCCCUUGAUUAUGUUGGUUCAAUUUUUUCAACUGAUUAAAAUUUUUUUUGAGAAGGCUCAAUCAAUACUGUUUACAAUGCUUUGUAUAACUCCUUGUUUAUUUCCUUUCCAUCAUUCACCUUAUUCAGUAAUACUCUACUUUAUCCACUGCAUUCCCUGCAAAGAACUUCACCACCUCCUGAGACACACCUUCCCACUCUGCAGCUAUCAUGCCAUAGCUUUGGGGAAAGGGACCACGCCCCUGUUUUCAACGGAGGCCCAUUCCCAUUCUCUGUGGUAUAGCAGCUGGGAGAUAAAGAAGGCAAAGUGAGGUUAAGAAUGUUCCUUUUAGCAAGACCCCCCUGGGUCUGAGACUUAGUCUCUGUAACAAGUUGUCUUUCUGUAUGGCUUAGUGCCAUAACUCCAAACCAGCUGACUGGGUUGUUCCUUCUUUUCCAUUAAUACUUAUCCAUUGUUAACUCAGGUAAUUGAGAGUUACCUGUAUUGCACUAAAAUAAUCUACCUCUGCAGUUCAGAGGGAAAUUAUAAAUGAAAAAUUUAUAGAACACUAUUCCCAAUAAGUCACCUGUAUCUUGUUUUUAGUUCUGUUCUAUAGGAAAUAGUCUUGCAUCAACUAUAAGCCAUCAUUUUACAAUUACCGUGAUAGUUAUAGAAGAACAUUUCUUGGGAUACUGAAGAGUUUUACUUUAACAGUCAGCAGUUGAGCCAAUGACAUAAUUCGAAAGCUCAGGUUUAACAAUCAUUUAUUAUUUAUCUAUAGAAUUAUUUUAUUAAGACUUUUUCUUCCUUUUGAGGUCAUUCUUUUGAUGAUAUACUUCGAGGUAAAAUGCACUAGAAAAAUAUUUUCUACAGUCAAAGACUAUACCAAAUUUUGUUUUUAAGGACUAAGAAAAAUGGAGUGGUAGAGGUGGGAGUAGGAGUUUUAAGGGUAAAAGUCAACAGAGUUGUCUAAUUGUUUUGAGAAAGUAGCUGAAUGAAUGUCAUCACUCUUCCCUGUUUCUACGUUUUCUUGAAGCUCUAGUAAAACCUAUUUAGCUAUGCAAAAAGAUUGUAAUGAACUAUUAAAAAUAUAAAUGCUUAACCUAAAGAGUGAUUUAAUAAAAUAAUAAAAGAUGCUUA